CACUCCCUCCUCCAUAAUCUACCACUGUCAUCAUCACCUUUUCUUCUCUUCUCUACUAUUUAGGAUACCAGAGAAAUUGGAUUUAAACAUUUCUCUCCUCAUCCACUCAACCCUAUCUUCCCAAAUACAAUUUUUGUUUUUAAAAUCUUCUGCUACAUGAGCACUGAGAUUGUGUUCAGUAAAUAUCUUUUGUUUUUCAAUGUCUUUGUUUGCAUGGCUGGAUUCUCUGGACCAAUUCUCCACAUUAAGACAGAUAUGUCUGAAAUAGUUGUGCAGAGUUGCUCAGACAAGCAAUCCAUGGCAUAGAUAGCGACUUUGAAAAUAACCCCACCACCCCACCACCCCCACCAUCAUCUUCUCUUCACCAUUUUUAACUUAUCUUCUUUUUUUACCACAAAGUGAAUGAUGCCUUUAAUUUCUCUGUCUCUAUGUCUCUGCCACCUGUUCACUAUAACAAGGUCCUGGUCAAUUAGUUUUGUCUGAUGCUGGAAUAUUUGCAGUUCUAGUAUAGACUCGUCUUCUUGGUCCCUUCCAAGGUGCAAAAGUGGCUUACUUGUAGAACCGAAGUAGUAGGAUUUAUGAAACAAAGUAGCAAACAAAUAAACCAGGACAGUAGAAUAUCUAGCUUGCUUUUCUUCUUUUUCCCUACUCUUGGAGUUUUCCUUCAAAGACAACAUGUUCACCACAACUAUUACCAAUUCAACUUCUAUGUCCGAGGGUGCCACUGUUUCUUCUGGUACAAGAGUUCAAUACUUGAGUGGGCUAAAUCAAGUGGUAUCAACAAUUUCUGAUCCUCAGCAGCCUCGAAAGAUCAAGAAAAAGAGAAGCCUUCCAGGAAAUCCAGACCCAGAUGCUGAAAUCAUUGCUUUGUCUCCAAAGGCACUCCUAGCCACAAAUAGAUUUGUUUGUGAGAUCUGCCUCAAGGGUUUCCAGAGAGAUCAGAACCUCCAGCUUCAUAGGAGGGGCCAUAACCUCCCUUGGAAGCUGAAGCAAAGGAGCAGCAAAGAGGUUAAAAAGAAAGCGUACGUGUGCCCUGAACCUUCUUGCGUUCACCACAAUCCAUCAAGGGCUCUGGGGGAUCUUACAGGAAUCAAGAAACAUUAUUGCAGGAAGCAUGGAGAGAAGAAGUGGAAAUGUGAGAAGUGCUCAAAGAUAUAUGCGGUUCAGUCAGAUUGGAAAGCUCACUCUAAAACUUGUGGUACUAAAGAAUAUAGAUGUGAUUGUGGAACCCUUUUUUCCAGGAAAGACAGUUUCAUCACUCACAGGGCAUUCUGUGAUGCAUUGGCUGAAGAAUCUGCAAAACUGUCAACAAACCAAUUAACCACCACCAGCACAAACCCAUUACUCCACUCUCUCAUCCUCUUCCAAACCCAACAGAAUUUGCAACAAAACCACCACUUCACCACCAGCUUCAGUCCCUGGUACAUGGACUCACAACCACCACAACAAAACCCUAACCCCACCACACUCUCUUCUCCGUCACCCUUCGAGAACCUCCGCGUGGCGAUGCAAGCGCACGCCACGUCAGCAGCGGCACACAUGUCAGCCACUGCACUCCUUCAGAAGGCUGCAACCGUCGGUGCCACUGCCAUCACGGGCCCAGAUUCUUCUCUUUCUGCUGCUGCUGCUUGUGUCGGGGAUGAACAGCAAACGUCCAUGAUGAGUCACGUGACUGGACUCGGCAGGGGCGAGUUUGGGAUGACGAGUCAGCUCGACUCGGUGGUGCAACUGCCGGAGUACAUGGCGACUUUGAAGAGUGACCACCGUCUCACGAGGGACUUUCUGGGGCUGACGGAGGAUGCUGACGGCGGCGGCGGCAUUGACAUGAAGGGCGUGCUUAACUUCACUGGAGACAUGCUUAACCACCAUCAAGCUCAUCACUAUCACCAUCACCAUCACCAUCACCGCUUGUUGAAGCCCCAAGAACAAGGUUUUGAGUUCCUUAGGACAACCACUGCCCCGGAGACAUGGGGGAAUUGUUGACACCAACAAGAGAAUAGUUCCAAUCCAUGAGGGUAAAAUAGGAAAAAUCAUUUUCCUUAAGGGUUAACAUCUUAUCAUGUUUUUUCCCCAGAGAGUGACAUUUUUAUUUUUCGAUUUAAAUUCAGUGCCAUAUGCUUUAUUUCAUAUCUUUUCAAUAAAGUUCUAUUUCAUUUUCAAUUUAAAUAUCAUGUUUUUACUUUUUAUUCAAUAUAUUAUUAUUUUAUCUA